AUCCGCCAUCGAGACAAGGCGCGCGCUCCCGUGUCGUCCACACAAACCCACCCCCACCGUAUCCUCUCCCCUCCGCGCACCAUGAGCGCCUCACCUCCACUACCGCCAUGCCCUCGCUCGCCGCGUCCACCUCCUCCCUCCCCACCAUCCCACCGCGGGGCACCGCCCGCUCCUCCGUCAACCUCCUCCGCUCCCUCGCGCGCUCCCGCCGCGCGGACCUGUCCCACCGCGCGCUCCUCCUCUUCCGCUCGCUCCAUGCCUCCUCGUCCCCGCCGCCGCCCCACUUCUCCCUCCCCGCGGCGCUCUCCGCGGCCGCCUUCCUCGGGGCCCUGCCCGAGGGGCGCCAGCUCCACGCGCUCGCCGCCAAGCUGGCUCUCGCCCCCGCCCACACCGUCGUCGCUAACUCUCUCGUCCACCACUACGCCUCCUGCGGCCUCCCCGCCGACGCCAUCGCCCUGUUCCGCCGCAUCCCGGACCGGUCCCUCGUUUCCUGGAACACCGCCAUCGACGCGCUCGCCGGGAAUGGGGACCACCUGGGCGCGCUCGACCUGUUCAGGGAGAUGCAGCGUGACCGGGCCGACCUCGCGCCCGACGCCUACACCGUGCAGAGCGUGCUCGGCGCCUGCGCGGGCGCCGGCGCGCUUUCUCUCGGCGUCUACGCGCACGCCAUGCUACUCCGGGAGCUCGGGGCCGCGGGAGACGGUGGCACCGAAUGCGGCGCUUCGGCGGUGUCCCGCGACGUGCUGAUCAACAACUCUCUCGUCGACCUGUACGGCAAGUGCGGGGCGGUGGAGCUCGCACGGCAGGUGUUCGACCGGAUGCCCGCCCGGGACCUCGCGUCCUGGAACGCCAUGAUCCUCGCGCUGGCCAACCACGGCCACGUCCGCGAGUCGCUGGAGCUGUUCGAUCUGAUGACGCAAACGGAGAACGUCGUGCCGAACGCGAUCACGUUCGUCGCCGUGCUGAGCGCGUGCAACCAUGGCGGGCUGGUGGACGAAGGGAGGAGGUACUUCGCUGCAAUGACGGGUGAGUACGGGAUCAGGCCGAGGAUCGAGCACUACGGGUGCAUGGUGGACAUCCUUGCACGGGCGGGGUUCAUCGAGGAGGCCCUUCGCGUCGUGGCUGGGAUGAAUUGCCGCCCCGACUCCAUCAUCUGGAGGAGCCUGCUCGACGCGUGCUGCAAGAAGAAUGCUGGGUUGGAGCUCAGUGAGGCCAUGGCCAAGCUGGCGCUUGAUGUCCCUGACGACGCUGUGAGCGGUGUCUAUGUCCUGCUGUCAAGGGUCUACGCGUCAGCGCAGCGGUGGAAUGAUGUAGGCAUGAUUCGGCGGUUGAUGAGCGAAGAGGGUUUCAAGAAGGAGCCAGGGUUCAGCUCCAUUGAAAUGGACGGCUCGGUACAUCAGUUUGUCGCCGGUGACACAUCGCAUCCUCAGUCGGAAGACAUAUAUGAGAAGCUGGAUGAGAUUCAACAGAGGCUCACAUCUGCUGGAUACAAGCCAGACUUGUCAGAGGCGCCCAUGGUCGCUGGCAUUGACCGCACCAAGGGUGCCGCCCUUCGUUUACACAGCGAACGGCUAGCCAUAUCGUUUGGCUUACUCAACGCGACACCUGGGGCUCCCAUUCGGAUUCUGAAGAACCUUAGAGUCUGCAAAGACUGCCACACGAUCAGCAAGCUCAUAUCGAGGCUAUAUGACGUUGAAAUCAUCGUGAGGGAUCGGAUUCGGUUUCAUCAUUUCAAGGAUGGGUCAUGUUCUUGCAAAGAUUACUGGUGAUUCUUGAGCCAUGAGCUGUGAUAUGCUAUCCAGAGAGAUCUUGCUGAUGCAUCCAAGGCGAGGUGAACUGGAAUGUCUAUCAAUGCUGGCAAUACAAUGUCCGUCAACUCGUGCAGGGCAAAAGCCCAGCACUUCUAAAUCCCUUGUAACUUUGUAAGGUAGAUGGAGUUUGCAUCAGUUUAUACCACAGAAGCUCAUUUGAGCAUUUUUCUUCAA